AUGGAUUCAAUACCCAGUGGAACUCCUGAAGCUCCCAAAGUACCUCGCGAUCGAAUCUCCGCCAAAUCCACCGCUGAUCCUAUUCUCCGCAACGCGCUUCGAUACACCAUCUCAGCGAAAGAAUACGAAACCCUUCACAAAUACAUCAUAUCGCGAUCGAAAGUUCUAAAAAGAAAUGCACCUACUGUUACAAAGGUAGAGAAAUUGAUAGAGAGAUUUGGUCGCGAUGAUUACAAUGCUGCGGCUGUGAGGGGGAGUUUGAGAUUAUUUCUUGCUACGAAUGCUGGGUUGAAGAUCUGGAGUUUAUUCACGGAAAAGUUUAUGGGUGCUGGUAAAGUUGGGGGAAAGAAACACUCAUUAUGGAAGUCACCAAACUUUCGCCUCUCGCUAUCCCUUUCCAGUAUCCUUCUUUUCCAUAGAAUCCUCUUUCGAUUCUUCACUCGACUUCGCGCACAUCUCCUUACAUCUGAAGCCCGACCUUUCAGACAACGAAAUCCCAAAACAAGUAGGACGCUCACAUCGAAUUUGGCACCAGCGGUUGGAGCAAGUUUGGCUGGAUUUAUGUUGGCCGUUUACCCGAGUGAUCAAUUGAGACUGACCAUUGCGAUAUAUGCUUUGAGUAGAGCUGCCGAAAUAUCAUAUAAUUUGGCGGAGGAUGAGGGUUGGAUAUGGGGAAAGGAGGGAAGUAGGUGGGAAAGACCUUGGUGGUGGGGAAGUUGGUUGCUUUUCCCACUCACUUGUGGUCAAUUGCUUCAUGCUUUUGUUUUUGAUAGAGAUUGCUUUCCACGGCAAUAUGGAGAUUUCAUUCUCAAAAACUCUCCUCAUUAUAUUCAAUAUCGACCAGAAGAUUACCCAGCUAAGCUCCCAUGGCCAAAUACUUACAAUAUUGUUGAUAAUCUUGCCGAAAUGGCUCGUCUUAACUACCCACCUUUCGUAUCUCCGAUUCUCUUCCCAAACAAUCCCACCCUUCCCCAAUCCCUCAGCACUAUUUCCCCCAUAAUAUCUCCCGCCCACCCUCUAAUAACAUCCCUCACAUGCGCCACUCUCCACCCCUCCGACCCCUCAUGUCUCCACACCUACCUCACCUACUGGAUCCAAGUCUUCCCCCGUCUUGCCCGCGUCUUCACUGUAAUACUUACCCUCUUCUCCCUCCCCUCCUACCGCAAAUUUUAUCAUUCCCCCAUCUCCUCCCUCAACGCCCUCGCUAUCCGAAUCUUAAAAUCAACCCUCUAUAUCUCCGGCGCCAUCGGUACCAGUUGGGCUAGUAUCUGUGCUUUCCAAUCCCUUCUUCCCCGACACAUCCUUCCCACUCAACGCUUCUUCCUCGGUGGUGCCAUAGGUGGUCUCUGGGGAUUCGUAGUGCGGAAAGAUGCGAGGGGGGAAUUUCUUUAUAGUGCGAGAGCAUCGAUGGAUUCGCUGUGGAAAGUGGGUAAGAAGAGGGGUUGGUGGAAGGGGGUUAAGGGGGGUGAUGUCUGGAUUUUUGUGUUUAGUUUGAUGGCGAUCGAGAUGGUUUAUGAGAGGGAUGGGAGAGCUUUGAGGAGUGGUAUGUUGAGAAAGAUGGUUAGUGGGAUGAGGGGAGAGGGGUGGAAAGAUUAUGUUGGGGAGGAGGAGAAGAGGUUGAAGGAGGAGGGGAAGUUAUAA